CUUGGUGGCAUGCUUCAGGGUUCCCCCGUGUCUCCAGAGGAACAGGAUACUGCUUAUUGGAUGAAAACACCACUUUUCAGUGAUGGAGUUGAAAUGGACACUCCUUAGCUAGAUAAAUGUAUGAGUUGCCUGUUAGAAGUAGCUCUUUCUGGAAAUGAAGAACAGAAGCCUUUUGAUUAUAAAUUGUGGCCUGAAAUUGCUGUCUAUGUAGACUUGGCAUUGGGUUGUUCUAAAGAGCUGGCCCGUAGCCUUUGGAUCAGCAUGCAAGAUUACGCUGUAAGUAAAGAUACCAACCUGGUAAAAGCUUAUCAGAAAUGUACCGUUGUGUAUACAAAGUUUGAAGUCAUUUACUUGCUUGCAAGAAUCUUGAACUUAUUCAAACCAGAUCAUCAUCAUGAGACAGAUGGUUUCUCAGAAAACCAAGAUUCUGCAGAUGUUGAUCCUCAGGAGCAUUCAUUUACCCGGACCAUUGAUGAAGAAGCUGAAAUGGAAGAACAGGCAGAGAGAGAUCGGGAAGAGGGCCAUCCAGAACCAGAGGAUGAGGAGGAAAAAUGGGAACAUGAAGUGAUGACAGCCAGCAAAAUCUUUCAGUAUUUCCUCUCAGCCAGUGAAGUAGCUCGUAGCCGAGACCGAGAUAGAAUGAACAGUGGGGCAGGGUCUGGGGCUCGAGUUGAUGAUCCACCUCCUCAGUCUCAGCAAGAGCGAAGGGUGAGCACAGACCUACCCGAGGGUCAGGACGUGUACACCGCUGCCCACAACUCUGUGAUCCACCGCUGUGCCCUGUUAAUACUAGGAGUAAGUCCUGUGAUUGAUGAGCUUCAGAAGCGGAGGGAAGAAGGACAGCUGCAGCAGCCUUCUGCGAGUACCUCUGAAGGGGGUGCACUGAUGACCAGGAGUGAAAGCCUUACUGCAGAGAGCCGACUAAUCCAUGCAAGUCCAAAUUAUAGACUGAUCAAAUCAAGCAGUGAAUCUGAUUUGUCUCAGCCUGAAUCAGAUGAGGAGGGUUACACACUUAGUGGCAGAAGAAAUGUUGAUUUGGAUUUGGCAUCAUCUCAUAGAAAGAGAAGUCCAAUGCAUAGUCAAUUGGAAUCCCUGAGUGACUCCUGGGUCCGCCUGAAACACAGCAGAGACUGGUUAUACAACUCCUCUUACUCCUUUGAGUCUGAUUUUGAUCUCACAAACUCUUUGGGAGUUCACACUUUGAUUGAAAAUGUUGUAAGCUUUGUGAGUGGAGACGUGGGGAAUACUCCAGACUUUAAAGAGCCAGAGGACAGCAUGUCUACAAGUCCUCAGGCUUCCAUCAUAACAGCAACAGUUAAGGGCAGAACUUCGUUUGGAGGCACUUCACCAAAUCCUUGUUCUGUUGUCCGGAAUGGAGGAAAAAGGUAGCCUGUCGCUGGCAGGAAGCAGAUUGAGUUCAGGCUUUCAGUCCUCCACAUUGCUCACAUCUGUGAGACUGCAGUUCCUUGCAGGGUGUUUUGGUUUAGGCACUGUUGGACACACAGGAGCCAAAGGAGAGAGUGGCCGCUUACAUCACUAUCAGGAUGGAAUCAAAGUAGCCAAGAGAAGUAUUCAGAUUGAAAUCCAAGUGGCUGUGCACAAGAUUUACCAACAGUUGUUUGCUACUCUGGAACGAGCUCUGCAAGCAAAUAAACAUCACAUUUGACCUAUGCUGACAAACUGAGCCCCAAGGAAGUUCAGUCUUUGUUGGAUCUACUCUGUAGUCAGCUGAAGAAUUUAUUAUCCCAAACUGGUGUACUUCUUAUGGCCUUGUUUGGAGAAGGUGAAAAAGAAGAGGGUGAAGAAGAAAAAAAAAUUUUGACUCCAGUGGAGAAAUUGAGAAGAAAGAUUUCAGAGGUAUCAUAAGCCUUUCUCUCUGUCAUUACCUGAGGUAUUUACUGCAUCCUCAUUGAGUGUGAUAAAAAUAGAUUUCUUUCCAUUGUGACACAUGAAAGGGUUUUUAUAUAUUCAUUUACACACCACUUUUCUUUUAGGUAUGUAUGCAUUAGCUGAGCUAACUGAAUCUUGUGUGCUGCACAUUCAGCUUCACUUUGGAUGUCAGCUCUGGGAUAUAGAUUUUAGGUGACUGGUUUCUUCCAGGUUAUGUCUUGCUUGGGGAACACCUCAGACUGUUUCUUAGUAUUUUGUCCUGAAAAACCAUCUCUAGCCACAAUCCUUACCUAAAGAGUCCCUGGGGCUCUGGAGUUGUGAUGUUUGGGAAGUGGCUGAUGAUUAGAGGAGCUGGCCUUCUGCCUAGGUGGUUCUAUUCUGUGCUAAGGAUAGAAUUCCGCAUUAUAUGUAGUCUUAUCCUUUUUGGUUGCUGAGACGGCAUUUGCUUGUGGCUUUAUAGUGGCUAUUCUCAAUAGAAUUUAUGCCCUGAAUGGCAGAACUACUAUAUACAUCUUUUAUAUAAUUAAGGACAGAGAGAUUUAAAGUUGGUCAUUUACUCAAAAUGAUUGUGAUCCUGCCAUAUCUCAUUACUGUAGCAGCUCUGGGAAUACUUAAAGCCCUUUCUGGAUUUGAUGGAUUGAUAAGGCAAUUCUGUGUUUCGGUUCCAUCAUCUAUAACUAUAAGGAUAAUUAUAGAAGUAAUUCAAAAGAUCAUUGUGAGAAUUAAAUAAUAGUACAUUAAAGAUUAUAGAGUAGUGACUGGCACAUAGUAGAAACUCAGUGAAUAUUUAUAUUGGGAUAUUGUAAAUAAUAUUAAAAAUUAAAUGAAAAUAUUAUUUAAGUCA